GGAGGAGGUUUUGCAUCUGAAUUGGGGAAGAGAACAGGAAAGAUUUCGGGGGUGCAACACUAGAGAAAAGCCUCGCAGCGGCUGCAGCCGGAUCCCGAAAAGCUUCACUCUCGAGAUCCUUCCAUCUCCCUCUUCAUUGGCAAGUGAAUAAGAGCAUCUUAACACAGUCAGAGGCGAUCCAAGAGAAGGGGGAAGAAGAUGGAAGAGGAAAACCCAGAAGGCCCUGGAACUGGGAAGAGAUUGAGGAAAGGUGCCCAUCCCAUCCAAGCAGGGAGUCGUGUUGAAUUUUGGGAAAGAUCUAUGCCAAAGAUCUUGGCUCAGGACACUAUGACUGCAGAGGAACACAGCCGAUGCUUCCGGCAGUUCUGUUACCAUGAGGCUGAUGGGCCCCGAGAGGUUUGCAGCCAUCUCCAUGGAUUUUGCAACCACUGGCUGAAGCCGGAGAGACACACUAAGAAGCAGAUCCUGGACCUGGUGAUCCUGGAGCAGUUCCUCACUGUCCUUCCUCAGGAAAUGCAGAGCUGGGUCAGAGGAUGCGGGCCGGAGACCAGUUCCCAGGCGGUGGCCCUGGCUGAAGGUUUCCUCCUGAGUCAGGCAGUAGAGAAGAGGCAGGCACAACAGAUGUGGGGACAGCCCAUGAAGAUGGAAGCCGAGUUCUCUAAGGAAGAAGGAGGUCCUCCAUCAGAGAAAGGAAGUGAAGAGACGUUGAGCCAUCAUAAUUGCAGAGGAGUGGAAACGGCUGCUCCAUCUCUGGUCCAGUGUCCCUUUUCCUUUGAGGAGGUGACCGUGUAUUUCACCCCGGCCGAGUGGGCCCUGCUGGAUCCAGGCCAAAGAGCUCUUUACAGGGAAAUCAUACUGGAGAACUAUGGGAACAUGGCUUUUCUGGGCAAAGAAGCUGGGGAUAUCAGAAAGAGUAUAGCGGAGACAGACAAAGGCCUCACGUCUGAAGAAUGGCUGCAGAAUUCCUCCAGAAGGUCUCAAGAGACUGUCUCCUUCCCAAAUGAACUGGCUGCAGCAGGUGUAGAGGAGACAGCUGAGGAAUUCCAGGAGUUCUCUUUGGGAAAAGCCAAGAAUGAAGAUGCUGAAGGACACUUCAGAGAUGGAGAUGAACCACAGAGGCAGGAAGGAAGCCAUGCUGAAGCAGAUAUCAAGGGGAUAGCUGGGGAAUUCCAGGGGUUCUCUUGGGGAAAAAUCAAGAAUGAAGUUGCUGAUGGAAACUUGGGAGGCGGAGAUGGACCACAGCAGCAUGAAGGAAACCACACAGAGAAAAGGAGGGUAGGGGACGAUCAAAGGAACAAGGAGGAUGGGAAACUGUGUCCUCUGUCACCUGGAGAAGUUGAGAAUGAAGACUUGAGAGGCAAUUUAAAAAAACAAGGUGGACCGAAGAAGCACAAAAUAAGCCACAUAGUCAUGAAGAGGAGUCAACCCAUUCCUUCCCAAGGGGGGGAUUUCCAAGAAGCAAUUAAUGUGGUGAAGGAAAUAUACAAGUGCUUGGGUUGUGGAAUGCACUUUUCAGAUCAAUCCCAGUUUAAUGCCCACUUACGGGUGCAUAGUAGAGAGGAGACCCAUCAAGGCCUGGAGCGUGGAAAGACCAUGAUUCACGGAGGAGAGCUCCUUAGACUUCUAAGAACACAAACAGGAGAGAAAAUGUAUAGCUGCUCAGACUGUGGGAAGAGCUACUCAGAGAAACCAGACCUUGUCCAACACCAAAGGUUUCACUCAGGAGAGAAACUCUUUAUUUCCUCAGAGACCGGAAUGGCAUUUUCUGAAGGAGGAAAAAGUAAUAUACAUUUUCCAAAGCGCAGUAUAAUGAAGGCAUGUAAAUGCAUCCAAUGCAAAAAGUACUUUAGAUACAGAUCACAGCUCCAUUUGCACCAAAAAAUCCACACAGAGGAGAAGCCAUUUGAACGCUUUGACUGUGGGAAGACGUUCAGUCAGAGUGGCAUUCUUCACAAUCACCAAAGAACCCACAAAGGGGAGAAGCCAUUUGAAUGCUCAGAGUGUGGGAAGAGAUUCAGUCAGAGUGGCACUCUUCAAACUCAUAUGAGAAUCCACACAGGGGAGAAGCCAUUUGAGUGCUCACAGUGUGGGAAGAGAUUCAAUCAGAGCGGUACUCUUCAAAACCAUCUAAGAACCCACACAGGUGAGAAGCCGUUUGAAUGCUCAGAGUGUGGGAAGAGAUUCAGUUGCAGUAGCUAUCUUAAGGAACAUCUAAGAAUCCACUCAGGGGAGAAACGUUUUCAGUGUUCAGAGUGUGGGAAGACAUUCAGUCGUAGUUGCACUCUUCAAGAUCAUUUAAGAACCCACACAGGGGAGAAGAAUUUUGAAUGCUCAGAGUGUGGGAAGAGAUUCAGUCAUAGUAACACUCUUCAAAGACAUCUAAGAACCCACACAGGGGAGAAGCCUUUUGAAUGUUCAGAGUGUGGAAAUAGAUUCAGUUGCAGUAGCCAUCUUCAAGGACAUCUCAGAACUCACACAGGGGAGAAGCCUUUUGAAUGCUAUGACUGUGGGAAGAGAUUCAGGCAGAUUGGUCAUCUUCAACUGCAUCGAAGAACCCACACAGGGGAGAGACCUUUUGAAUGCUCCGACUGUGGGAAGAGAUUCAGUCACAGUAGCCAUCUUCAAGGACAUCUCAGAACCCACACAGGGGAGAAGCCUUUUGAAUGCUACGACUGUGGGAAGAGAUUCAGUCAGAUUGGCCAUCUUCAUGUCCAUCAAAGAAUCCACACAGGGGAGAAGCCAUUUGAAUGCUCAGAGUGUGGGAAGAGAUUCAGUCGUAGUUGCACUCUUCAAGAUCAUCUAAGAAUCCACACAGGGGAGAAGAAUUUUGAAUGCUUAGAGUGUGGGAAGAGAUUCAUUCGUAGUUGCACUCUUCAAGAUCAUCUAAGAACCCACACAGGGGAGAAGCCAUUUGGAUGCUUAGAGUGCAGGAAGAGAUUCAGUCACAAUAGGACUCUUCAGAACCAUUUAAGAACGCACACAGGAGUGCUGCCUCCUCAGACAUGAUUGUGAAAGAAAUGGUUUUAUUACAGCUCCAUCAAAACAAACGUUACAUCAGCCUGAGGUGCUAGUGAAAUAAAAUCCGGAAAAGAA